GGUAUGCACACACCAAUAUAUUUUCUCAAACCCUACAUAUCCUUCUCUCUUCCCUUCACCGGCGAAACCAGCCCAGCCAGUUUCAAUCGCUGCGCCUGCCUCACCGCCUUGCCGCCAGAGGUAAUUUAUCAUAACGAGAGCCAUAGACAUUGAUAGUUUGUGAAAUCAAUUUUGAGCAGCAGAAAGAAUGACCGAGGUACUUAGUUCUACGCCUAGCGAUGAACGAAUUAGUAGAGAAUCUCCACAGUUGGUAGCUCUGUUGAAGGAAAUGAAGGAAGGUUUGGAUAAUGUGACGAAUAAAAUCAAAGUUUUGACUUCUAAGGUGAAAGCAGGAAAUUUCCCAACAUCAGAUGGGAUAACCUAUCUUGAGGCCAAGCACUUGCUUCUGUUGAACUAUUGCCAGUCUCUUGUCUAUUUUCUGCUUCGCAAGGCUAAAGGAUUAUCGAUUCAGGGGCAUCCAGUUGUGAGGAGUCUUGUUGAGAUUAGAUUAUUCUUGGAGAAGAUUCGCCCAGUAGACAGGAAAAUGCAAUACCAAAUUCAGAAGCUAACAAAUACCACUACGACAACGGAAGAACCAACUCUUGCUCAGAAGGGAACAGAUAAAAGUGAGAAGCAGGAGGACUUGUUAAAAUAUCGCCCAAAUCCAGAUUUGCUUAUCAGCAAAACCAAAGCAACUUCAGAGGAUGGUUCUGGUGUAUAUCGACCCCCCAAAUUCGCCCCAACUGCUAUGGAGGAAGAUAAGAUGUCAAAACAAGAGAAAAACGCUUUGAGGAAAGAAAAACAAAUGAUGCGACAAGCGAAACAGAGUGCUUAUGUUAGAGAGUUAAUGGAUGAUCUUGAGGGAAGACCUGAAGAGAUUAGAGAAAGUGUGGGAGCAGAGAGUAGAGAAGCAAGGAGGUACAUUGAAAAGAUGGAGGAACGUGCACGACAAGAAGAGGAACUUUUUACUCGUGCACCUAUAACCAAGGCUGAGAAACAGAAGAUGAAACACUUAACUAAGUCUAGAAACGGGUUGCUUGGUCUCACUGAAAGUUUCUUUGACGAGAUAAAAAGUUUACCCCUUGAUGGUAGUGCCCCGGAAGAAAUGACCAGUUUUAACAAUGCUGGCAGCGGAGAUAGGAAAUUUAAGAGGCGCAAGAGAAAGCAUUGAGUCGAGGAGAUAUCAGGAGACAUUGAGACAGGAAGACAUGCUUGAGAAUAGGAUGGCCUUUGUGCUGUUGUGUUGAAGUUUUGCCAAAUAUAAGUAGAGACCAUUGUGUUGGUCUCAGCCUAAUGAGUCUAAUGACAUGAGCUUAUAUGUUUGGCAUUGAGAGAUUAUAUUGUAACAUAUGUAUUAUUUUUCUCCUUGACUAUGAGAUAAUGACUAGUGUAACACACAUGAAAGGAUCCUUUUGAGUUACAAAUCCAUACCUUUCAUUCAUAAAAUAUUUUUGACCUUUUA